AUGUAUGUCGUUCUUGAUAUUAAUAUUUACAGUGCUGGUGGUGACAUGAAGCAUAUGGAUUUGCAGCGGAAGCUAAGGUUUCCUAUAGCUUUUGCAAUUCUCUUCUUCAUCACAUCCGCCAAUGCACAAUGUGGCUACCGAUGCGUCGGUGGCGGCGGUGGCGGUGGCGGUGGUUACGCCACCGCACCGGUUUACGGUCACUACAUGGCACAACAGCAACCACAACAACCGCAAUUCCUACCCGAGCUUCAACCUCAACCUGUCUUCACACCACAACCUCAGGGUUAUCAUUUGAGUCAGGGCGGUGGCGGUGGCGGUUACGAGCAGAGUCCACUCGAUGUUAUCUCCAGUGAUAGGGAGUCGGCACCAGCUUUGCUGCCCGUAAAAGUGUCGACAAAUGAAUAUGAAGAAAUGGACAAAAAGGUGGCAGAACUCAAAGCGAUACCUGAAGAACCUACUGCUGCGGUAGAGAGUGCUACGGUAGCACCAGCAUCGACGUACAUUCGUGAGUCAUCAAGCGUUUAUCAACCACUGGCCACCCGAAUAUCUUACAGACAACCUCAACCUUUACCACAACAAGUUGCUUGUAUCCCAAUGGUCCCAACACCCUAUCGACCUGCACCGUACAUGCCACGAGGGUAUGUGACACCAUAUGCACCUAUGCCGACAUAUCCCCCUCCACCGCCACCACCUCCACCUCCACCACCAUAUCCUUAUCCGAUGACAGGAGGUUAUGUACAGCCAGGAUAUCGGCCACCUAUCAAUGAUUGCUGCGGUCGUUGUGCAUCCGUCUGUGGACCAGGAGGCAGAAGGGUGCUAGCACAAUCUGCAAAGACUGUCAAAGUUGGCGGCAAGUCAAAGUCAAUUACGGAUACGGAUUUGAAGGAUCAUCGAUGCUCAAGCAAAGAGUUGAAGGAAGUCAUGAACAAGAUUUCACACCGCACUCCAGCAGUGGCUAAGCGUCUAAUACAAAGAAUUGCAGAGGAGAAGUUUGGAGGUUUCUUCUCGGUGUUUUGUACCAAGGACGACUUUACCUACGUAUCACGGGGAGAAGUAUACUGUCAGACCGAAAACGAUGGUGUUGUGUGCUAUGCUUUCCAACAUCAUUGA